AAUAAAGUUUUGUCUAAUUUUUAAAGAUGAAAAUUUUGGAGAAUUUAUUCCCCACGUUGCCAACUUUGUAAUUACUAGUGGAAAACCAAAAGUUUCCAGAAUUGACAGGGUGUAGAAAAAUUGAAAGGUGCUGUUUUAGGCAAAGACUGAAAAAAGUUCAUCGCCACGGAUUUUCUCAAGUGCUUGAAUCUGUAAAUCGGGCGAUUGCACCUUCAAAGUGAUUUCAUCGCGCUACAUAAAAAUCAUGGCGGCCCCAUCAACCGGUGUGGUGGUGCCUCGAAAUUUUCGACUUCUGGAGGAACUCGAAGCAGGGCAAAAAGGCGUUUCGGAUGGUACCAUCAGUUGGGGGUUGGAAAACGACGAUGAUAUGACUUUAACUCAUUGGAUGGGGAUGAUAAUUGGCCCCCCUAGGACCCCGUAUGAAAAUAGGAUGUAUUCAGUGAAAAUUGAAUGUGGUCAGAGGUACCCAGAUGAUGCCCCUACUGCAAAAUUCAUUUCUAGGAUCAACAUGAACUGUAUUAAUAGCAGCACGGGUGUUGUCGAUAAUAGACAAGUUCCAGUCUUAGCGAGAUGGCAAAGGGAUUACACGAUUAAGACAGUUUUACAAGAAUUACGUCGAUUAAUGACAUUGAAGGAAAACAUGAAACUUACACAGCCUCCAGAAGGCAGUUGUUUCUAGCCCUUGCGCCCUCCCAACACGUCCCCGUUACCCCCUGCUGCCAACUGCCCUCUGAGUGUUGAUACCUGCACAACUCAGUCUUGUUGUCUUUUGUGAAUAAGUAUCAAUCAUUAAGUUAGUUACCCGAAUGACAUGAAAAGGGACAAGAUGCAGAGGGGGCUUAUGUGUAAUGGCUACACCGCUAAAUUAAUUUUAGGUCAUAAAAUUUAGAUACGCCAUAAGUUCAUACUGUUCAGCAUUUAUAGAACUGUACUGCUGAUGUAAUUAUUCUGUUCAUAAUAAAACUUUACAUAGGAUGUGUUGCCGUUAUUUGUGCAGGUUUUUCAUAAUCAUAAUUUGUAACUCUAAUAUUAAUUUUUUUUCUUUAUGUAUAUUAUGAAUUAAACUUGUUGCUUUCACCUGACUCAAACAACUUCAACACAUCACGCACUUGUCUGCAUUUCAUGUUGACUCAUCAACAAUAAAAACAAACUAAUGUUCA